AUGGAAGACUUCUCUUUGUCACUAAAAAGUGAUAUUGUUCAUUCUUGUACUAUGGAAAAAUCAGAUAAUCAAUCGGCAAAAUGUCCUGAUAUUUUGUCCAGUCACGGUUCUAAAACAAAUUCAGCUACAAGUCAAAAUAAUAAUAACGAUGCUUGUCGGACUGAUAAUGUAACAACUGAAGAACGACCAGUUGAAACAAUCACUGAAGAUUUGGAACCUGCUUUACGACGCAGUAAACGUGGUAAAGGCAGACCUAGCAACACUCAUAAUGCAAACAACAAUAAUAAUAAUGAUGGAACUUCAGACGAUCAUGUCCCUUCAUGCAUUAUUUCGGGUACUGAAUAUCACACAGGUGAUUUUGUUUAUUAUGAAGAACCAGAUUUUGAAUAUUAUACAAUUGGUUUAAUUGAAGAAAUUAAAGUAUCUAGACGUGAUAAAUUUUCAAUAUUUAUUAAAUGUUUUUAUCGUACACGUGAUAUACCGGAUAUUUCAAAACAAGGUCUUCCUGAUCGAGAUCAUUAUCCAAUUCAUUCAAAUAUUAAAUUAAUUCGUGAUAUAUUUGCUCGUGAAUUAUUUGUCUCUGAAGUUCAAGAGACUUUACCAGCUAAACAACUUCGUGGUUUAUGUAAAGUGAAUUAUUUACCCGAUUUAAAAACUGCAUUAUCUACAUUUUCUCCAGAAGAAGAUGAUAGUUUUUUCUAUGUAUUUGCAUAUAAUCCUGAAACUCGUCGUUUAUCGAAAAUUCGUGCAGAAAUACGAGUUGGACAAGCCUAUCAAGCUUUAUUGCCUGAAUUUCGUCAUUCUCCACCAGCUAAGUAUCGCUUUGGACAUAGUCGAGGCAGUUUUAGAUCAAUUAAACGUAGUCGCAAAUCAAAAAUUACAUUGGAAACAUCAUACAAAUCUAACCAAGAUGUUAAUACACUUAAAUGUUUAAGAAAAUCCCAUUCAUUGUCACCGUAUUAUCGUCGUAAAUACCAGUGUAAAGCAAUGAAGUCAGUUGCUGUUUCUAAUGCUACUGCUGAUAGUAGUAAUAAUAAUGAUAGUUUAACAAAUCAAUCAACAAUCAAUGAUACAUUGAAUAUUUCUAAUCCUGACAAUAAUUCUACUAUUUCAAUGUUGAAUAAUAAUAAGACACUAAAAACAUCUUUAGAAUUAUCACCAACUGAUAACAAUCUUAUUAGUAGUAAUAAUCAUGUCACUUGUGAAAUAGAUACUAUACCAAAUUUAUCAGAAGAUAUGAAAAAUUCUGAAGACAACAAUGUUGAAAUAGAUGUUCAACAACAACAACAACAACAAAUGGAUACACAAAAUUCCAUACAACUGUUAAAUUUACCGCCAAAAUUAGAGAAUGCAAAUGACUUUAAAGAUUCUUUAAACACUAUAACUACUAUUGAUUAUUCUCAUUGUAGAAAGCAUCAUUCUUUGUGUAUGCACAAGAAUCAUUCAUAUUAUAGAAAACAAUUACAUCAUCAUCGGAAAAAACGACAUCGUCGGUUACGGCGGCGGUGGCGUCAGCAACAAUCACAAUGCAAAGAGGUACUUGUAUGGAGUCCUGGUGGUCUAUCCUCUGCUCUGUCUGGUACAUCUAAGAAAUUUGAUUUUUCAAAUAACACUGCUUAUAAUCAUAAUAACAUUAAUGUUAAUGAUAUCAAUGACAAUUUUAGUAAUGUAUCAAAUAACAUCAGCACUGAUUUCAAUUCUAUGCUUUCCGAUGAACCAUUAAAGAAUUAUUUAGAUGCUGUACGAUCAAUGGUGGCAUUUUUCGGAUUUGGUGGUGCUGAUGAUGAUUUAGCAUCAGCUGAAAAUGGUCUGGUACUGGCUAAUUUAGCUGCAACAACACAACAUGCUUAUGAUACAUUACAUAAGUGUAAUUAUUCAUUAAGAAAUGCCCUGCAAUCGAUAUCAUGUAAUCCUAUUGUAGCUAAGGAUACACCUAGACAUUGGACAACAGAUCAAGUUCGUUUAUUUGCACAUGCUUUACGUAUUCAUGGUAAAGAUUUUUUUAAAAUUCAACGAAAUUUCUUUGGUGGGAAAACAUUCGUUAAUAAUAAUAAUGAUAAUAAUAACAAUAACUCUACCGGCAAUAAUGGGAAUAAUGUAAAUGGUGUUGGUCUCUGGAAUUCAAGUCAAGUUGGCAAUGGACGUUUACGUGGUCGUGGUCGUCGUAAAUUGGGUGGCACCGGCGGUAGCGGUGUCUGUUCAAGUGCAUCUACAUUGAAAUUACCCAGUUUAAAAUCAGAUGAAAUCGGCAGUAGUACCUCAGUAGCAACAGUGCUACCGAGUAAAUUGGAUGAAGUUAAACCAGAGGAUGCUACAUUUGUACCUACCUCUGGGUCAUCACAUGACGGUGGAGAAUCAGUUGAAAACGGUAUUGUGUCAGGAUCCACCACAUUGAAAGGAUCAAAUUGCAAUGAUGAAAGUACUCUAUCCACAGGUCCUCCUGUCACAAAUGAACCAAUCAAGACUGUUAAGGAAUUGAUAGCUUUUUAUUAUUAUUGGAAGCGGAAAGGUACAUCGUCUUGCUCAUCCUCAUCCUCAUCAGCAUCGAUUAGUGGUGUAGGGGGUGGUGGACAUGGUGGUCUGAGUUCAGUUGCAGCGAAUUUUGCAACUGCAGUAGUUGCGGCCACACUUAACACUACUACUACUGAUACUAGUGUUGCUGGUGCUAAUAAUAAUCAUAUCCCAUCUUCAUUAAGCGGCAAUACAACUCCUUUCGAAUCAGCUAAUAAUAUGAAUGGUAGUGCAUUCUCUACUCAAGCUCAUAUCACUUCUGUCAGUGUUAAGAAAAGGAAACCAACAAAUCGUGGUUGUGUUCUCAAUUAUUCAAAAUCAACAUUGAUUAAUGAUGAUAAAUCAGAGUCGAUUGAUCCAAGUCAUCCUGAAUCAGAAAUUGAAGAGAAUUAUGAUUUAGGGAACACUGGGCAUGAUGAUGUUGAUAUACCUGUGACAUCUGGUGAGAAAGCAGAAGAAAUUACACCGGUUUCUACAACAUCAAGUGCAGAUUCACUAUCAACUAGUCGAUCACGUAAACGUGUAUGCAGAAAUUGUUCUGUGGAGUUGGCAUCUACUGGGGAAAGUCCGCCUUCACCCAUGCCUAAUCAUCAUCAAUUGGGACAAUUACGACUUCUUUGUUCUGAUUGUCGUAUUUAUUUACAAAAAUACGGUGAAUUGAAGUGUACAUUGAAAGAAGAGGAAAUUAAUAAUCCAUCUGAAACGCUGAAUUCAAUAUCCAAUGAUGGGAAGCUUCAAAAGAAAGAAUCAAAUGAUGGAAAUCUUGCAGACACCAUUGAAGAAAAUGAAUUAGAUGUUAGACAUGGAAUGAAAGAUGAUCCUUCAAGUGAAAUUACUGUUAAUCCCGUAUUGGAUGACAUAAAACCAACAUGUUCAUUAACAACAUCAUCUACAACAAAUUAUCGGAGAAAACAUAAGAAACAUUCAUUAGAUCGAUUGAAGAAACAAUCUCAUUCUGAUAAUUACGACUCAUCAACUAGCUUUUCAUCAUCUUCUUCAUUAUGUUCGCUUAAUUUACACAUGGAUGAACAUUAUUCUACUUCAUCGUCAGCUUCAUCAUCACCAAGAUCAUCUCAGUUAGAAGAUGAAGAAGUAGACGAGGAAGAGGAUUCAGACUCUAUUGGAUCUGAUUAUGAAUCUAACAGUUCACCCAGUUGUAGUAGUAUUGCUAGUUCCAUUAGUUGUAAAUCGCUUUUAAUACAUCAUGAAUUGAAUGAAAUUAACUCAGAAUGUCCUAGUAAUCGUCAUAUGAAAAGAAAAAGACGAAAAAAUUCACAUCUACAUAUUAAAGGCAAAAAACAUAUAUGCAAUGAUAUAGAUUAUAUGUGUAAGCCACCGCCUAAAUUGGAUGAUAAUAGAGACUAUGAUUGUAACGAAGAUAAUCAAUGUUUCUCUAUUCAACCUAAGGUUGAUACAAAUGAUUCUCAUUGUUCUGAUACUACUAAGACUGCUUUACAAUCAUCAGAGAUUCUUUCAAGUUCCAAUCUUAUUGAUUCACGUGAUACAAAGGGACAUAUUUCCAACGUAUUGUAUUCUAACACUACUAACAAUAGUAGCAGUUGUAGUACUAAUAAACUUGAUGAACUAAAGAAAGACUUUACAAUGAAAUUAUCAACUCCCAUUGAUAUUAAUAAUAAUGGUGAUCGACAAUCGCCUGGAGAAAUUGAUGAUCAACAACGGAAUAAUGAUGCUGAUGAUGACGAUAAUAGUAUGCGUGAAUUAGAAAUUGAUAAGUUAAUCACUGCAACUAACGAAUCAAAUCCACUAUCCUGUUUCAUAGAUGCACAUCGUUCCACCUGGUCACAUCUUGUACGUAUCUGGGAUAGACAAAUACAAUAUUCACAUACAACAACUACUCCUGGAACAGAUUAUCAAUCAACAAAGAUUGAGACAAAUGUUGGUUCAUGUGCUCGUACGGAUUUAGUAUAUUGUGGCAGAGGAUUAGAUGAUAUUUCACUGAAUAAUCGAGAAUUUUGGAAUAUGCAAAAGUGUAAUUUAUUCACAAAAUAUGCUGAUACAGCUAUUGGACCUGGUGUUAAUCUUUAUCUUUCAUCAUCUCUACCAGGUACUUUGGAUAAUCCAAUAAAUGUAAUCAGUAGUGAAUCAAUAACUAAGUCGGAAAUAUUAAAUUUAACUUCACCUAAUGUGAACUAUACAAAUAUGUCGUGUAAUCCAUCUCCAGGUAUUCAUGAUUCAUCAUCGACUGCACUUGAUUUAUGCUCACGUAAUAGUUCCAAACGAUCAUUUAUUCCAUCAUCAACAACAGAACAACCAUGUACAAAAUCUCGUCGAUCAUUUCAAUGUGAUACUAUCAAUAAUCCUUAUAUGCAUUCGAUCUCGUUAAAUGUUCCAAACACCAAUACAUCUUGUUCUACCAUGUUAAAUAGUAGUAGUAAUACUAUAUCCAAUUCACAAAUACUACCAACAGGAGCUGAAUUGAGACCGACUGUCAACACUACUACUAAUAAUAAUAAUAUGUCAAGCCAACAACAACGACAACUCCAAACUAUGUAUGAACAAGCGUUAAUAUUUGCUGCAGCUGCGGCAGGUCAUUAUCAACAUAGUCCUCCUGUUCCUCCUGGUCCCGUACGCGACACAUGUAAAUUUUUCCCAACUAAUUUUGAAUUGAAUAAUCAAAUGAAACAGUCACCCGUUGUAUCUUCUCCAAAUCUACGUUUUAUAAGCUCAAAUAGUAGUAAUAGUAAUAACAAUAAUAAUCCUUUAAUGUCAACUAGAUUGGGUGCUGCAACUGGAACAUUCUAUCCACCAAUUUCUUCUCUGUCAACUUCAACUGGUAUCUCGUCCUCAUUAUCGUCUGGCAAUAAUAAUAAUAAUACUUUUGGAACAAAUAAACCAUCAAUUAGUGGUGCUCCAUUUAACUUCAACCUAACUGAUUCUCAAUACCAUUCAUUAAAUCUUCCACCGCCACAGAUGGCUAUGUCCGCUAGUGGUGUCGGUUCUACGUCUAUUCUUCACGGAUCGAAUUUCAACCCUACUACUUGUAGUAGUAUUAGUAGUAGUUACAAUGGAUUGGGAUCUUCAUCUUCUAACUCAUCAGUGCCAGGAAAUCAACUUUAUAAUCAUCCAGAGUUUUUACAACGGCAAUUAGCUUUGAUGGGAUUACUUCCACCUGGUUCAAUACCUCCUGAACAUAUGAUGCCUAUUACAUCAGUAGAACAACGUGAAAUUGAAGCAUUUCAACGAUUAAUGACUGAAAGACUUGAAUAUUUAAGAAAUACUACAAAUAAUAAUAAUAAUAAUCCACAACAACAGCGUACUAUAACUCCAGUUGAACAAAUUUAUCAACAUCAUCAACAACAACAAGAACUUUUUGCUACUGCAUUUUCAGCUGAAAUGGCUUCAAGACUUGAAAGUAUGUCUUCUAUUUAUUCAAAUCAAGAUUGUCUAUUCCCUUUAUCAUUUAAUUUAUCACAUUGUGAAACUAAUAAUGGUGCAAUGACAUCUGCAGUGAAUAGUAUAUCUACUCGACCUACAGCUUCUGUUCAAUUACCACAAAAUACACGUUUUCCACAAUCAAUUCAAUGUAAUACUCCAUUGUUAACUAAUCGUUUUCCUACAAAUCAUUCAGAUAUUCAUAAUAUCAAUAAAACACCACCAAUGGCACAUCAUAAUUCUUCAUAUUCUACAUCUCGUGAUAGUUCUACAAAUUUAAAUGUUAAUAUUUCACCUAUGUCAUUAAAUGUGGUACCUACACGUGCUCAACCAAAUAUACCUUUUAAUACACCUAUUUCUCAUGGGACUAAUCGACCAACAGCACGUAAUUCAAAUACUCAGUCAUUGUCAUCAUCAGUAUCUUCUUCCAAUUUACAGGAACAAGUAUUGAAUGCUGCUAAACUGGCUAUGAUGGCUGCUAAUAUGCAGUCUGAUCCGAACAAAGCAUUAACAUUUGCAAGUUUAGCUGCGGCAGCUUUCACAGAAAUGGCAUCAUCAUCAUCAUCACAAGAUAAAAAGUUACCGUCACGUAGUAAUGAUCAUUCAUCAUCAUCUCAUCAUCCAUUGUCUGGAAUUCAAGAGAAUUUAUCACAAAGAAAUAUGAAUAUUCCAACAUCCAACAUGAGAUUACGUUCUCCAGUCGGGAGUAGUAGUGGACAUUACAAUUCAGAUUGUAAUAACAGUAUUCCUACUCCUGGUGUUGUACUCUCCAAUUUUAUGCAUCAAAAUACACAUAAAGAAAGACGUCGCCAGAAUAGUCAUUUAGCUUCAAACAAUAUUGCAUCUCAUUCACCUGGUGUAGUAUCUCAAUCAUCAAAUCGUUUACAGUCUCCUCCUGUACAUUAUUCACAUUCAGAAUCCCGAUCAUUUAAUAACGAUAGUAAUAAUAAUAACAAUAAUAAUCGUACACCAACUCCAGCAGCUAGUCGUAUACAUCAAUCUCUGUCUGGUAAUAAUGACUCUUCAUUUGUCGUUGGUCCCACAGUACCUGGAGGUGUUGGUGGGAUACCUCCGGCACAAUUAGCGCAAUUAGCUCAUCUUGCUCAAAUGUCUGGUCUUCCGCCUGGUUUUUCAUUUCAGGAUCCAGCAGUGUUGAAUGCUUUCGCUUUGGCUGCAGCAGCAACCUCUUUGGUGGCUAGUGGUGCUAAUCAAUCAGAUAUGCUUACAGAUACAAAUAUGUCAGCGAAUCCAGUCGAUCGAUAUCGGUCACCGGUCCCAUCAUACACAUCUCCACAACCACAUCAACAACGUUAUCCUCCUACUAAUUCACAAACGCAACAACAACAACAGAAAGCGGCAGCUGCCGCAGCGGCAAUGGCCAAUGCUUUUGGUUUACAAAGUUUACCAGCUCAAUUUAAUCCACGCCUAUCAUCACAACCACCAUAA